AUGGCAAACAGCAAAAGCACACCUGAAAAGCAUUACCAGAUUAUGUCAUGCGUAUAUGUAACUGAGACUCAAAUUUCACUCCACAGCAUCCUACUCGACAAGAGGUUCAGGAGUGAGUGCAGCCUUCACAACAUGAGAAUCCAUUACCCACCAGCAAAUCGGUAUGACACCUUACUGAAGCAGCGUCAUGUGCAACUUCUUGGCCGCAGUAUUGACCUCAAUAAGCUCAUCUGUCAGCGCAUAAAUUCAUCCAUGCACAAAUCCCUUGAAGUGGCUAUUGCUCGGUUUGAGGGAGCAGAUAUCACAUCUGUUGUGGAACUGGAAGGACUCAUUGAGGUAAACAAACUCACACAUAAACUCUUGAGUCAAUUGCUCGUACUGGACGACUUCGAUGCACAACUGAGGGAGGCGAACCACAAUGUCCUCGCCCCCUAUGGCAGAACCACGCUCCAUGUUUUCUGGGAACUCAACUAUGAUUUCUUACCCAACUACUGCUACAAUGCGGCCACCAAUCGGUUUGUAAAGGCUCCUGUAACUACAUUUGCACAGCCAGUACAGAGAGACAAGCCUCCAAAUGUGGCACCGUACAUGGUCUGGGGCAGCAAGGCUCUUAAUGUAGCUUUCAACACAAUUUACUCACAGUUUUCAGGCUUCCUUGGUCCCCCCCACUUGCGGUCCAUUGUCCGAGUGUUGGGGUACCAGGGUAUUGCAGUGGUGAUGCAGGAGCUCCUUGAGAUCAUCCACUCACUCAUCCAGGGAAACAUCCACCAAUUCACAAAGACAUUGCUGCAGGCUAUGCCCAAGCAGUGCAAGCUUCCCAGAUAUGAUUAUGGAUCCCCAGGUGUGCUUGGCUAUUACCAUGCCCAGCUGAAUGACAUUGUGCAGUAUCCUGAUGCCCGCACAGACCUCUUCCAUCACUUCCGAGAAUUGGGCAAUGCUCUUCUCUUCUGCCUGUUGGUAGAGCAAUCACUCACUCAAGAAGAAGUUUGUGAUUUGCUGCAAGCUGCACCGUUCCAGAAUAUUUUGCCACGCCCAUUCUGCAAAGAGGGUGAGAAGCCAGAGACAAAACAGAAGCGUUUAGAGGCAAAAUAUGCUCCUUUACAGAUUGUCUCCAACAUUGAGAGGCUUGGAACAGCAAAGCAAGCCAUGAUUGCACGAGAAGGGGACUUGUUGACAAGAGAGCGCCUUUGCUGUGGCUUGUCAAUCUUUGAGGUUAUUUUGACACGAAUACAGACCUUCUUGGAAGACCCCAUUUGGCAUGGUUCCCCACCUGCAAAUGGUGUAAUGAAUGUAGAUGAAUGCACAGAGUUCCACCGCCUGUGGUCUGCACUCCAGUUUGUCAUGUGCAUACCAGUAGGAGCCAAUAACUUCACUGUUGAACAACUCUUCGGUGAGGGGCUCAACUGGGCUGGCUGCUGUAUGAUUGUCCUUCUGGGGCAGCAGCGGAGGUUCGAGGCACUUGACUUUUGUUACCAUGUCCUCCGGGUGCAAAAGGUGGACGGAAAGGACGAGGCUGUUAAAGGAAUUCAAUUGAAGAGGAUGUGUGAUCGCAUCCGGCGGUUCCAGGUGCUUAACUCUCAAAUCUUCGCCGUUUUGAACAAAUACCUGAAGACAAGUGACCCUGAUAACCUCCCAGUGGAACACGUGCGAUGCUUCCAGCCACCUAUCCACCAGAGCCUGGCUAACCAGACAUACCAACGACCGGACCACUUGCGCUAGGGCUACAUUGACAUCCAGGAAACUUGUAAUCAGAAUCAGUUCUGCAAGGGAGAGUAGGAGCAUCAUGCAGUAUUGCUCUGCUGUGAGAAUAGACUUCUUGCAAGGCUUUGCUGGAGGAUUUAUUAAGAGUGGAUGCUUGUCCUUACCCCCAACCCCCCCUCCCCCUCAAAAAAGUACUCUACUUUUCCUCUAGAGAUACACACUUUUGUAUAUAUUAUUUUAAAGAUAUUUGGCUUUUUCGGAACUGUCGGAAAUUGUCUGAUUAAGUGAGGAGGGGAAAGCUUGGUGAAGACAUUUUUAUGUCUAAAUGUGAGAACCACCGGGAGAAAGGGGUAAUUGUUGUGCUGUGUUGAACAUUCAUAUAUGGCCAAUAUGUACUGUUUAAUUUGAAAGACAAUAAGGUACAGUGGUUCAUAAAUGAGAUGUAUAUGCAAAACUAUCCUUGAAAAUUUAUUCAAAUCUGUAUCUCUAGUCAGGAGACACUGUUAGUUCCUCUGUUGAUUAUGUAACCUCACCUUUUACCCCUUUUCAUUUUGCAAUAAUUAGGUUAAUCUGGACUUUACAAGUUAAGUUUAUGCCAUGUAGUAAAGCAGAUAUUUUGCUGAUUUUUCUCAGUUGGAUAAUGUUUAUUUUCACGGGGACUAGCUUGACUAGUUCAAUUCCAAAUGAGGUUACAAUUGGCUGUGCAUUAUAAACUAUUUUAGUUUUUUUCAUAUUAUGUAUAUACACAAUAUAUUAAAUCCCAAAGUGAAAUUAUUUCCAAGUGGGGAAAAUGCAGGAGGAAACUUUAUUAAUCUUCUGUUAGAAUAGGUCUACAGUUACCAUACAUAUAGUCCCAGUUACACAAAAUAUCUGCUUAGAAGCCAUGUAGAUAAUCUCAUUCAGAGCUAGUAAAAAUCUCUUUAAGUUGAUUUUUUUAUUUUCCCUUUUUUCCAUUUUAUUUAUUUAUUACUAUUUUUUUGUAAGUCACAAUUAUUAAAUAUAUUAAAAUCUAGCCAUAUGUAAACUCAUUCUAUUUCCAUUCAAGGAUGAUAGACUGGUGUACAUUUUUAAUGUGGUAUAUUCAACUUGGGGAAUCUCAAUUGUACUUUGCAAAAUGAUAUUAUUUCAGUCCAGGUUGAAAUGGACAUUUUCCUGCAAAUUACCAGGUAGGGACUGAGUCUGCACAUUUUUUUCUGAUAAUGAAAGGCAAUAGCUUAACCCUUCAAGGCAGAAUAUUGGUAAAUCUGACUGCUCCCACAGACAGGAUAUUUAACAAAUUGUAGUUAUAGAGUUACUAAUGCUCCCCAGUUACCCCUCUUAUUUCCAUCCAAACUUUGUCAAAGCCAGUCUCUUCUCCAACUACCAGACGCUUCAGGCUGUUCAUACUCCACUUGCUUUUAGGUUGGUUAACUUUUUUUUCAAACAUCCUAAAAAUAAAAAAAAGCAUGUUCACACCUUUGGCCUGAGGGGUUAACAAUAUAAAUUUCUUUAUGGAUGGAUUUGUAUAACUUGUAUAUUCCUUUAUUAAUAACUAUAUAUAUUAUAUAUAGUUGAUUAUUCCUAAGUUUAGUACAUUUUUACAUUUUUGAUGUAAAUGUCUCUGAAGUUGGAGACAUUUUUCCCUGAAGCUUUUUGUCUUGUGUAGAUAUUGCUUUAGGAUCUUGCAUGAUUUCUUGUUAUAUAUUACUUACAUUUUAAAGGGAAUUUAUGUAAUGACUGCUUGUGAUAAAAGAACAAAAAGAAGAGUUGACAACUAAAUUAGUUUGGGUAUAUUACAAUUCAGAUAUCAAACUAUUACUGGAGGUUCUUUUGGUGCGUAAUGAAUGAGUGAUUAUAGAUAUGGCCAUAUAUGGGGUUCAGCUUAUGAUUACCAAGUAUUUUUAUAUAAGAGAAAAUGUAUAGAAAUGAGACACAAACUGCACUGCACACCCUUCACACACUGAUAUGAAUUUUUCUGUGCUUGUAAAAUGAGAAUGGACAAAUGCUGUACAAAAAAUAACUGAUUAGCAAUGCAAGGUUUUUUAAGUUGAUCAGUGGCAAAAGGUGGGACAGGAAUGUAUAUAGAAUGGAGUUACUUUAGGCUUUGCUGUGUAUAUUGUAUAAGCAACAGUAUUGAACUUACUGGCCUUUUGAGCGCAACUUUUCCCAGUAAGACCUUCACGCAUAAUGCUAUAGUCAUUACCGGUAAUUCUAAUAUUAUUAAUGUCCUGGAUGUAAGGGUAAGUCCUUAUUUUUACUACCUAUGUACUUUGCUCUUUGCACUGUACAAUGUAUUACCAAGUAGCUGUUAGUGACACCCAUUCUUGAGUGCCUGAAAGAAAUGUAGGUAUUGAGGCUAUCAAAGGUGAAGUUCAUUUUUUUCAUUACUAGCAAGAGGAAGCUUCAGAGAAUAAACUUUUCUUAUGCAUUAAUAUUUUUGAAAGUUACUGAUUUAUGUUGCACUACAUGAAGUUUAUUCAGAAUUUAUAUUCAAUAGUUUUUUUGUGUAUAAAUUCAUACACAUCGCUCUAGUUAAAGAAUUAUUUUAUAUAUUUAUAUCUUUUUUACUCAAUUCUUGUAGAUAUGAAAACCAUUUAUUGUGUUCAAUUGUUUAUCCUGUGUUCAGAGAAAGGUAACUAAGAUUAUAGGUUGAAGUUUGAAGAAUAUCUCAAGGAUAACUCUGUGAAAACAGUUAUUGGAGAGGUGCAGUUUUGAUAACAUAUCACACUCCAAGGAAACCAGACAUUGGUACUCAGUGUUACAUUGAUAAUUUGAAUUUGCGAAAAGGGAUGAAGUUCUAAAAACAAAUUUUGCCAAAAGCUUAAUGGGUGUAGGUGAGUUUUUGAUGUCUUCUUGCAAGAGAUUCAAUAAAGAGGAGUUAAAAGAGCAUCAAGCACAUUUAAGCACUAGAGGCUUUGUCAGCGGUUCUAUUACUGACUCGUCUGUUGGUAUUUUGCUUUAAAACAUAGUAGAAAUGUCUAGCAAUCCUAAAUAUUAGCAGUAUUUCAUGAUAAUUUGAUUCAGUGGAUCAUACAGUAGAUAUAAAAUUGCUUAACUUGGAUUUUCAAAUUCACAUAGAUUAUCUCCUGUUGUGCUCAGAAUAAUAGCUGUUUACUGGGAUUUAGUGAAAAUAAAUAACCUUUUAAAAAUAUUUCAGAAUUAUAAGUGACUGAUACAACUUUAUGAUAAUGAUGUUCAUGUCUUACUAGGAUUAGUAAGGCAUGUGAAGAUGAGCAUUGUCUUUAUUGCAUGGUUGAACAAGGGGGACAUUUUUCUCCUCAAUUAAAGUACGUGCUGGAGAAUACCUGUACAAUACCAGUUUUAUAUCAAUAAAAUCAUACAAAUUAA